UUGGCGGGACUGUCCGACUGGGCUGGACGCUCUUCGCGAGAGCACACCAGGUCAGUGCUGUGACCCGCAGCGAUGGCCUCCUGGUUUGGCGGCCUCGGCCUCGGCCUCGGCUCCGGCUUAGGCCAUUCCCUGGGGCGAGUGGGCGGCAGCGUGGCUUCCCCUCCCCGCACACCUCUCUGACUUCACCAGAGGUGUGCUGAGGAAGGGGACGCAAAAGCUGCCAGACUUCCCCGACUCGGGGAGAACGGAGACGGAAGCCAUUCAGGCGACCGGACCACCCGAGAAGGAGAGACCGGCAGCUCCAGCUCGGAGAGACACCGCAACUCUGCAGGAAACCCUCGAGGAAGGAGACACGGAGCUCGCCUCCCUGCAAGAAGAAGGCAGUCACCCGAGGGAAGAACUGGAGCCACGGAGACAACGGGCUCGAGCCGCUCCUGUGGUUGACCCGAACACCCUCGACGCCGGGACACAACUAGAAUCUGAGGGGUCUCAACUGAAAGGGAUCGAAGGUCACCUGGAGGAGGAAAUCCAGCAUCCUCCAAGGACCACUGAAGAGCAAAAGCAGAGGAAGGCACAACGCCUUCCAUCUUGCCAAGAGCAGAAACGGCAAGUGGGCGAUCUUAAGGAGGCGUCCGAGCCCAUGCCUAGAAAACGCGCGCAGCUCUCUUCAGCCGAGGAGGAGGAAAGCGAGACCGCGCAGAACACCACAGAACACAUCCAAACCCCGUCGCCCGAGAAGACCCAGCCCGUGCAGACAAAACCUGCUGAGAUUUGUCAAGGAGCGAGAGCGGCGGGUCUUCGUCGGCCAAACGGAAGUGAAAAGCAUGAUGGGGCCAAAGCUGAAACCGAACCUUUAGGAAAAGGGAGAGAAGCGGCAGAAAGGGAGAUGAAACUUGGGACCGAAAAGACGAUCCCUCUGACCGAGCGGCUUGAUGAGCCGGACGAAGAUGACACCGGGCCACGAACUCAGACGAUCCAGGCGCAAGACUGGGAGAGCCAGGGCCUUCCCACUGGCCUAGCUUCGGCUGCCUCCGUCCAGGAUGCGGGGGGCCUCCAGCAGCAACUGCAAGCCUAUGCUUUGGAAGGGGAACGAGUGUUGGCUGUUUUCGACGAGAAGGUGAGGGAAAACAGCCACCUGAAAAGGGCGUAUCACACAAUGAUGGACCUGCUGGUGGCCAAAGAAGCAGAGCUCGGGAAGCUGCGAGGCGAAAAUCAGACACGGCGCCCUCGAUCUGACGGCGGCGGUGAGGACAUGUUUCGAGAAGCGAUCCGGCACUUAUCACGCCUCGUCCGAGCCAAAGACAUUGAAAUCGGUGCCUUGAGCCAGAAAUGUCAGACUUUACUGACCAUCCGGCAAACGUCCGACGCUGGCCCUGAGGUUCGGGGCGUGGACGCGAAUCAGUUGGAGGAGCUUCUCCGGGAACGGGACACGUUGAAGCGGCAGGUCAACGUGCUGGAGGCGUGGCAGCGGCUGGUGCUCACCGAGGUGCACCAUCUGCAGCGGGAGUCAUCCCAACUUCAGAAAGAACUCCCACCACUCGAGGCACGGGCCUUAGUGGACAGCGAGGAGAAGUCUCGGCGACAGAUGCACUCUGCCGCCCCGUUCCCCCGUUCUCAAGGGGAUGCGACCCAACUCCGGCUCCUGGGGAAGAGACUGGCACAGAUGCAGCUCGGCCUAGAGCAGCUCUGCAAUGCCAAGGAGGUUCUUUUGGGUCCAGCCGACCUCACGUCACCACAGCCGCCCGCCGCAUCGUCGCGGACUUGCGAGGCAGCCGGCUCUCAGGAGGCAAUUAAGUCCGAGGCGCCGGGCGAGUCUUCGAAAGGGCCGCCAGCAGAGAUGGAAGCCUUAAGGGGAGCCACGGAGGAAAAAGACGCAGCCAUCAGAAGC